AGAGGAUUAAGGUGGGAUGCAGGGAAAUCCCCCAACAGUGAGAUGGAGGUAGUCGGAUAAAUCCAAUCCACCGCAACCAAAAGAUUCAAAUAAUUUAAAGAAAGUGGAUAUAGUGCACCUCACAGUGACUCAUAUGGCAGUGGGCAGAGCAGAGACAGCGAUACCCUUCUGGAAAGUAUUGUCGCUGAAGAAAAGCGGCUUUGUUCGCACGGGCCGAGUAGUGACAGAAUCACAUGAUCUAUUCCUGGAUGGGAGAGACGUAACACUUAACGCUGAGCUGCUCAGUUGAGAUGAUGAUUGAAUUUAUGAGACUGUGAAACUUAUUACACUUGUGUCUAAAAAUAAAGGAGCUAGAGUUUUUUAGAUCACAAUUUCAGAAAAUUACUUAAUUAAUUAUUAUUAUUAUUAAUUAUUUUAUGAAAAGACAAUUCAUAAUACCCCCUUUUUACUCGAAGGACUAUAUAUUUAGAUUAUUUUCUGAUUAAAAAAAUAAACUCCACAGAUGCAUUAUUUUUAUGUUUGAAAGAAAUGGUGUCCUUCAGUGCUUUAAUAUUACUGUGGUGGACAAUAAUGGAGUUAAAAGGAAACCUUUUUAAAUGUCUUGUUUUACUACUGAGGGAGUUAAAUGGUCAUUUUUUUUUAAUGCCUCUUACAUGAAGCCAUAUAUAUUCUGUUCCCUUCUAAUUCAGCAUGCUACACUUUCCCAUGAGAUGAAUGGGUCUUGUUACUGGUCACUGUGCAUCUAUGCUGACGGGGGGGGGCUGCCCUGCAUCAAUGAGCCUGUUGAUCAGAAAAGACCACUAGACUGGUAAUGACACGGUUCACUGAUUAGACCAGGAGAAAAUAAAACUCAGCUUUUUCCUCCGCGCCUAUUUAAGUAGGACGUUCGCGCUGAUCUCCCUCUACCUCAGAUACUGACACCUGUCUGGAUCCAUCGGACUGCUACGAUCCUACGAUGAUUUGGACUGCUGCUCUCCUGGUGAUUGUUGUUUCGAACAACGUUAAUUCUGAGGACUACUGUUAUAAUGAGCAACACUGUGAUCCUUAUGCAUGGGGAGACAUGUUCCCGGCUUGUCACCCCUUACUUGAAGAGCAUCACUCCCCUAUAAAUCUGGACCACCAGAUGACCAGAAACGAGUCUCUGGGAUCUUUACAUCUGGAGGGCUUCGACGCGAUCCAAACAGGACACUGGACUCUUAAAAACGACGGACACUCUGUCAUGCUCCAGGUUGGCAGUGGCAUGUCGGUGAGCGGUGGAGGUCUCCCAGAUGUGUACCACACCAUCCAGCUGCACUUCCACUGGGGAGGCCUGGCCACCAACGGCUCGGAGCACACGGUAGAUAGACGCAGAUACCCGAUGGAGAUGCACAUAGUCAACAUGAAGUCCAUCCAUCCAAAUUUGACAGCAGCCUUGGAUGAUCCAACAGGACUUGCUGUCCUUGGAUUCUUCAUUGACGUUGUUUACGCAGACAAUGUGCACUUUGGACUCGUAUCACAAAAGCUGUCCUCUGUUGCUUACAAAGGCCAAACUACUAAAGUCAAGCCAUUUCCGCUGAUGAGCCUUCUACCGAAGCACAACAUGAGUCAGUAUUACCGUUAUUAUGGCAGCCUCACCACCCCUCCAUGUUCUCAAGUGGUUGUAUGGACUUUGUAUGAAGUCCCCAUCUACAUAUCGUGGUCCCAACUGGCUCAGUUUACCUCACAGAUCUUCUCCACAGAGGAGGAUGCAGAGCAGGUGACACCUCUGCAGAACAACUUCAGACACAUCCACCCCACCUUCAGUCGCCUCGUCUCUGCGUCCAAAGAUGCCAAACUCCUCACAGGGAAGGCCAGUCGUCCCCUCAGGUCAGCGGUGUCAGUGCAUCUGCUUCAAAUCAUUUUGCUGGGAAGCUUCAUCUGUGGACUUUAGCACUGUGUUAUGUCCAAAUCAAGAAACGCCAAACAAAGAUGAAGUUGUGUUUUUGCCACUCAGUCUACCCCAAAAUGACUUUUAAAUGCAGAGUUUUACAUAUUUAAAAAAAAAAAACUGUGAAGAAGAGUACUGUAAAAUGUUGAAUUGUUACUAAAUAUUUCAUGACUGUGCCCUGUUGUCUCUGCGGGAUUUAACUCCAUUAGUGCAUUUUAAAAAUGUGAUAAAACAGACUUGUUACUAACAGUUAAAAAAUAUGUGAAUGUGAGCAAUGAUAGCAUUGAAAUGUGUUUUGCAGUGACAGCCAUGUGUGCAUUUAUGUCUCCAGGCCUCUUGCACUCAUAACUUGUUCUCAAAAAGGUACAAUCCUAACAUAAAUGGUCUUUUCAUUUUUUUGGGUCAGAGGUUGUUUGUAACUACACAAAUACUAAAAGUAAAAAGUGAUGAUGAGACAAAAGAUACAUUUACCCUGAACGCUAACUAGAUGCUAGUCAGCAUGCUAACAAUGAUAAUGCUAGCAUGCUGAUAGAACAUCAGCAUGCUAGCAUUAUCAGGUGUAAUGUUUACCAUGUUCACCACCUUAGUUUAGAGUGUUAGCAUGCUAACAUUUGCUAAUUUAUACAAAGUACAGCUAGGCCGGUGAGAAUGUUAUUAGUUUUGCAGGUAUUUGGUCAUAAAACAAAGUAAAAAAUGUUGACCUUAUGAUGGCUAGUUGAGAAGUGCUGAAAAAGGAAAAUAAAAAGUAUUAAUCAUGAAGAUCUGUUUUAGUGGAACUGGCUGUUCAUAUCAAGUAUUUUCAUAAUACAGAUCUUGGAGUUUUACCAACAGUGUGUGGUGGCACCUUGUAUUGUCUUGUAAACAGGAAUUUCAAUUGAAGAGGAAUUAUAUAGUAAGUUAUCUUUACAACAUCAUCUUCAGACAAGCCCACACAAGGCAUGAGCUGCAUGGAUGUACUGCAUCAAGUUAUUCCCAUAAAAAACUUUCCCCCUGACUUCUGUCAUAUCAAGAAAACCACAGGUGUAGUUAAUAAUAUUAACAGUGACAUGGCUCACUGAUGCACUUAAAUGGAACAGAGCCAUCGUUAAUGUGUAAGUAACACCAGUGCUUUUUCUACUAUGACAAGUCAAAAUGCCUGCUGUGAAAAAGGCCUAUAGCAGAACUCAAUAACAAAGGGCCUAACGUAAAGUGGAGGUAAUAGUCUGCUAAUGAGCAGCCUCUCCUGCGCCAACAUGCAAAAUAUUCUGUGUGCAUCAUUUGCAUAUUACCAUCAUUAAUAUAAACCAGCAGCGUGUUGAGAAGCACUUCAGUAUGCAGAAUAGGCUAACCUGCAAAAACACACAUGCAAGAAAAGAGUAUCACAUGGGAUUGACACUUGAAUGUCAGUUUACAAUUUUAGGAUUCUCAUAAUUUUUCCUAUAUUCAAACAAUAAACAUGUCCUAUUCUGUCA